UGUUAUCAGGAAGGUGCUCUCUCAGCACAACGGAAAAUAUCUCAAUGACUUGACAUGUUCUGGUUGUGAGUUCAGGCUGCAAGGGGUAACUGCCUCUAAAAUGAGUCUCUCUGGGAAGAGAGAGGAGGGUGGCCCUGCCACUAAAAUUAGUAUCUCUGGGGAACAAGACACCAAAGCUAAGAGCCCAAUCAAGCAGGAGAGACCAGCCUCCCCUGUACCCAGCUGUGUGUCCAUGAAGAGUGACCGGUCUAUGGAACCUCCUAUGAAGUUUAGAGAGGGAGACUUUUCUACUGAACAAAGAAACCAACAGGCGAGAUCAGAGUCAGAGGUUCUCAGUGGUCAGUCUUCCAAAAGUCAUCAAACAGACCUGGCCUCCAUAUUCAGUUUGCUUGAAGAGAAAAUUAUGACAUUUGUGAAGAACGAGCUGAAGAUGUUCAAGAGGAUUCUUAAUCCAGAACUCCCACAACGCUUUGAGAGUCAGAAGCAGGAAGUGGUGGAUGCUGAAGAUGAGAAGCAGGAGAGCAGUGCCAGAGAGGGGGCUCUGAAGAUCACACUGCACAUCCUGAGGAAAAUGAACCAGAAGGAGCUUGCUGACACACUGGAGAAAUAUUCAGAUGAGCUUGCUGUGAUUUGCCAACGUGAACUCAAAUCUAAUCUCAAGAAGAAGUUUCAAUGUGUAUUUGAGGGGAUCGCUAAACAAGGAAACCCAACACUUCUCAAUAAGAUCUACACAGAGCUCUACAUCACAGAGGGUGGAACAGGAGAGGUCAAUAAUGAACAUGAGCUGAGACAAAUUGAGACAACAACCAGGAAACAAGCAAGACCAGAGACUCCAAUCAAAUGUAACGACAUCUUCAAACCCUUAACUGGACAAGACAAACUUAUCAGAACUGUGCUGACAAAGGGAGUCGCUGGCAUUGGAAAAACAGUCUCUGUGCAGAAGUUCAUUCUGGAUUGGGCUGAAGGAAAAGCAAAUCAGGAUGUCCAAUUUGUAUUUUCAUUCCCUUUUCGGGAGCUGAAUUUGAUGAAACAGGACAAACACACUUUCAUUAAACUUCUCAAUCACUUCUCAAUGGAAACCAAACAAUCAGGAAUCUCCAACUACAACAAGUACAAAGUUCUGUUCAUCUUUGAUGGUCUAGAUGAGUGCCGACUGCCCCUAGACUUCCAGAAGAACAAGAUCUGUUGGGACGUCACAGAGUCAACCUCAGUGGAUGUUCUGCUGACAAAUCUCAUCAAGGGAAAUCUGCUUCCCUCUGCUCUCAUCUGGAUAACAACCCGACCUGCAGCAGACAAUAAGGUCCCUUCAGUGUGUAUUGACCAGGUGACAGAGGUACGAGGGUUCAAUGACCCACAGAAGGAGGAGUAUUUCAGGAAGAGAUUCAGUGAUCAGGACCUGGCCAGCAGAAUCAUCUCACACAUAAAGACAUCAAGGAGCCUCCACAUCAUGUGCCACAUUCCAGUCUUCUGUUGGAUUUCUGCAAUAGUCCUUGAACACAUGCUGAAACAUAAGAGAAAAGAGAUGCCCAAGACUCUGACUGAGAUGUACACACACCUUGUGGUGUUUCAUACCAAACAGAAGAAUGAAAAGUAUCUUGGGAAAGAAGUGAGAGGUCCGCACUGGAAUAAAGAGAGCAUUCUGUCACUGGGAAAACUGGCUUUUCAACAGCUUGUGAAUGGCAAUCUGAUUUUCUAUGAAGAAGACCUGAAAGUGUCUGACAUUGAUAUCAAUGAAGCCUCAGUGUACUCAGGAUUGUGCACACAACUCUUUAAAGAGGAAUUUGGGCUGUACCAGGACAAGGUGUACUGCUUUGUUCAUCUGAGCAUUCAGGAGUUUCUGGCUGCUGUAUAUGUGUUCCUCUCAUUCAUCAACAACAAUGAGAAUCUAAUAGACAAACUUCAAACAAAAGACAAGACUGAAGUUACUUUCUAUAAGAGUGCUGUGGAUAAAGCCUUACAAAGUGAGACAGGAAACCUGGACCUUUUCCUCCGCUUCCUUCUGGGCCUCUCACUGGAGUCCAAUCAGAAGUACUUACGAGGUCUACUGACAAAGACAAGAAUCAACUCACAGAGCCAUGAAGAAACAGUCAAGUACAUCAAGGAGAAGAUCAGGGAAAAUCCCUCUCCAGAGAGGUGCAUCAAUCUGUUCCACUGUCUGAAUGAACUGAAUGACCAUUCUCUCGUGGAGGAGAUCCAAAACUUCCUGAGAUCAGGAAGUGUCUCCAGUGAAGAACUGUCCCCUGCACAGUGGUCAGCUCUGGUCUUUGUGUUGCUGACUUCAGAAAAGGAGCUGGAUGUGUUUGACUUGAAGAAAUACUCCAGAUCAGAGGAAGGUCUUCUGAGGCUGCUGCCAGUGGUCAAAGCCUCCAGAGCCGUUCUCCUGUCAGGCUGUGGAGUCACAGAGGAAGGCUGUGCUUCUCUGGUCUCAGCUCUGACGUCAAACACCUCACACCUGAGAGAGCUGGAUCUGAGUAACAAUGACCUGAAGGAUUCAGGAGUGAAGCUGCUCUCUGCUGGACUGGGGAAUCCCCACUGUAAACUGGAGACUCUGAGACUCACUGUCUGUAAACUCACAGACACAUCCUGUAAAGUGUUGGCCUCAGUUCUCAGUUCAAACCCCUCACCCCUGAGAGAGCUGGAUCUGAGUAACAAUGACCUGAAGGAUUCAGGACUGAAGCUGCUCUCAGCUGGACUGGGGAAUCCCCACUGUAAGCUGGAGACUCUGAGGCUGUCAGGCUGUCUCGUCACAGAGGAAGGCUGUGCUUCUCUGGACUCAGCUCUGAGGUCCAACCCCUCACACCUGAGAGAGCUGGACCUGAGCUACAAUCACCCAGGAGACUCAGGAGUCAGACUGCUCUCUGCUGGACUGGAGGAUCCACACUGCAGACUGGAGAAACUCAAUGUGGAACAUGGUGGAGAGAACACAAUGAAACCUGGGAUUAGAAAAUAUGUCUGUGAUCUCACACUGGACCCAAACACAGUAAACAGACUCCUCUCUCUGUCUGAGGAGAACAGAAAGGUGACAUGUAGGAGAGAGAAGCAGCCGUAUCCUGAUCACCCAGAGAGAUUUGAGGACUGGUACCAGGUGCUGUGUAGAGAGGGUCUGACUGGGCGCUGUUACUGGGAGUUAGAGUGGAGAGGGAUAGGUGCUGAUAUAGGAGUGACAUAUAAAGGAAUCCGCAGGAGAGGAAGGGUUAAUGACUGUAGGCUUGGAGCCAAUGACAAGUCCUGGAGUCUGGUCUGCUCUGACAACCGUUACACUGCCUGGCACAAUAAUAAACACAUUACCAUAGACGUCCCCUCCUCCAGUUCCCACAGAGUAGGAGUGUAUCUGGACUGGCCAGCCGGCACUCUGUCCUUCUAUAGAGCCUCCUCUGACACACUGACCCACCUGUACACAUUCACCUCCACAUUCACUGAGUCCCUCUUUCCAGGGUUGUAUGUUUGGGAUGACUCCUCAGUGUCCCUGUGUCAGUUGGUCCCUGUGUCAAACAGAACAUGAUGUUUCACUCUAAUCAGGGUCAUGUUCAGUAAGACACACUGGAUCAACAAUGUAGAAUAUCUCUCUAGUGUGUAAAAAUAUGAUUGUAAAUAUUAAUGAAUUAACACCAUUGAAGUUGACAGACAUUGUCAACUAUUGUCAUUUAUUAAUAGAAUGAAUCACCACACUGUAUUGUAAAAACUGGUUUCAUUUGCAAAUCAUUGAUAUUGUUGUUAUUGGGCUUCUUGGUGUUUGUAAAUAUUGUAGAAUGUUUAUUUUUUUCAAAUUCUUGACACAACAGUCUUGUUUCUGCAUAAACUCAAUUCAACUGAAUGAAACAAUAUGACAGAUGUGACUAAAGGUUAAUCAACCAGAUGGAAGAAGAGAGGUGGAAAUGUUUUAAUACUGAUCACAAUAUGACAGUACAGUAAUAGAUGGAAGAGAGGUGGAAAUGUUUUAAUAUUGAUCAGAAUAUGACAGUACAAUAAUAGAUGGAAGAAAAGAGGUGGAAAUGUUUUAAUAUUAAUCACAAUAUGACAGGACAGUAAUAGGGGUUGUGUUCAGUACAUAGAAAUGGGUCAUAUUCAGUUGAAGAAGAAUCUUUUAUCUGACACGCACUCACUAAUCAUUCUGUUACUACUACUGUAUGAUGCUGUAAACACACACAUACACAUGGAUUUGGUGUUGUAGAUAUGUGGUAGAGGAUCACAGACGUCUAAUACAUCUUGGACAAUGUCCUCUUUUUUCUCUGUCUGAUCACAUACUGCUAGUACUUCUUGGAUGUUGUCCUCUUUGCAGGCGAGGACCAUGUACUUCUUCAUGUGACCUCAUCAACAACCUGAAAGAGUGCAGGUAUUGAUUUCACCCUUACCUAAUAUCUGGCCCUGGUCAGGGGACCAGCCCAUAGACUAGAGGGGUUAGUUUCCAUCCUGGUCAGGGGACCAGACCCAUAGACUGGAGGGGUUUUAGUUUCCAUCCUGGUCAGGGGACUAGACCCAUAGACUGGAGGGGUUCUCUUCACCUCAGGGACAGGGGACUUUGUUGGUCUUCCAGCCAAUCUCACCUUUAGUGUUUGCUCCCAUAUUCUUUCGUGCAGUGAUUGAUUCCAUAAAGUUUGUCACUCUAGUAACUUGUUGAACGUAUUUGCAGUUUGUUUUGUUUGUGUUUUAGAUUGUUUUUCCCAAUAGAAACUGAAUGGUGAAUAAUGUCUUGUCAUUUUGGAGUCACUUCACUUAUAUUGUCAGUAAGAAUAGACAUUUCUGAACACUUCUACAUUCAUGUGGAUGCGACCAUGAUUAUGAAUAAUCAUAAAUUAAUUGUUCAUAAUGAUGAAAGAGAAAGUUACAGAGUCACCCCCCCCUUCACAUACAGCAUCUGUAUUCACAGUCAUGUGAAACCUAUAGAUUAGGAAAAAAUAAAUGUACUUCAAAUGACUAAUGUCCUUAUAUGGACUGUAACUCAGUAAAUGUUUGAAAUUGUUGCAUGCUGCGUUUAUAUUUUUUUUCAGUGUAGUUUCCGUAGUUCCAUCAGGUGUUGUUCUUUACCCAGACACCCUGCACAGUCUGUAGAUGUUCUAUGUGGUUAGAGGCAUUUAUCAAUGCAUUCAUUGACUGUCAAUAGAUCAUACAAUGUUUCCUACAUCAAGUGCAGGACUUUAUACAGGGCAUUUGGUCCAGGUGUUCCAUUUGUGUAGAGAAAUUAAUUUUCUCCCAUCGUGGAAGGUACUCUGCUAACUGGUGAUAAGAUAAAUAUGAAAUGUGACAUUCAAUUCAUAGCAGUAACAGGACCAGUCUAAAAGCCACUAUUACAGGAACAGUAUCUAUACAGGGGAAUGUUCAGAGGCAUGUCUCCACUAUUAUAGGAACAGUAUCUAUACAGGAGAAUGAUCAGAGUCAUGUCUCCACUAUUACAGGAACAGUAUCUAUACAGGAGAAUGAUCAGAGGCAUGUCUCCAAUGUCCACAUUAGGGAAAGAAGUCACACUUCCUGUUUCCACUCAUCUUUAUUUGACGUGCUGUAAUACAGAGAUAUAGGUCGUAUUAAAUCAUACAUUAACUCUCUAAACAUUUAUUCAUUUUGUCUUCAUUGAAAGUGAAAGCUGUGUGUUUUUUUUCACCAUUUCAAUGAGGGAAGAACCAGUUUUAAUGUCCAGCUCUGACAAGACCCAGAAAGUAUUAACACUUCAAGACUCAAUGGUCAGAUGACUUUUCAUAAAGAAGUCAUGGUAAAUAAUGGUAAUGGGGGAGGGGGGGCUAAGACCAUAGUACACCACGUACACUGGGAGUAGAGAAUCAUCAAUGGUGUUGCUGUGGACACUGGGUAAUUUGACUAACACACACACCUGUUUGACCUCUCUGUGACCUCACUGUAGGACUACUAAUGUCACUAUUCUGAGUCAAUUCAGGUAGCACUUAAUGUCCUGUGUUUGUGUUAACCAUGGCAACCAGCAUUGUAAAUAAAGAGAUGUGCAGA